GUUUGACAUGAAGCACGGGCCAUACCGAGAGCAGAGGAUGAAGGGCCUCAAGCGCACCCCCACGCUGUCCCUGCGCAAGAACGAGCGGUUCAAGGAUUUCGGUGCGGACCACAUGCCGGCCUCCUUCCGGCUCUUCGAGGAGAUGAACUACCAGCAGUCGGUACCACCCAGCAACAUCCGCAUGGAGGGCUACAUCGACCGCAUUUGUGACAUGCAUGAUCCGGAUGCCACGCAAGACUGGUACCUCUGCACAAGCAAGAAGUUCAUGGUCACGCGGUCCCAGAUUGGACCCGAUGCCAAGCGCCUGGACGAGUUUUCGCGGAGAUUUUUGUUCUCCUACCGGUGGGUCCCCACCGAGGAUGGCGACCUUCGCUUCGAGCCCGUGCCGAACAAGGCUCAGGACGGGCCUGCAGCUAUGGGAUCCGUUGGCCAAUGA